GUUAUCGACUGAUCCCUGUCAAAACUGAUAAGUAGGAUUUGUUGACUAGAAUAUCCUCCGUGAUUUCGGCGAGCUAUUCACCGAUUUGGCGAAGGUAAAGGGCGGCGAUGUUUCACGCCGUCGGAUGGAUCGUCGCGUUAAUCGUCGUCGAGAUCGGAAUCAUCAACGUUGCAGCCUGCUAAUCCGAUCAUCUCCUAUUUUGUGAUUCGUCGUUGACCUACUCGAAUCGGCUCAUGCAUCAUGAGCGUGCCGAGUUUCUCGGAUCUGGGAAAAAGUGCGAGGAAUGUGUUCAGAACAGGCUAUCACUAUGGCAAAAGUCUGGUCAAGCUGACCUGCACCAAAGCUGGCGAGCCUUUGAAUAUGAACAGUGACUUGUCACUGGAUUGUGACACGAAAAAAUUGUCUGGCACCGCAGGUGCAGAAUACAAGACACAGGAAUACGGGACGUUUCUAGAGAAAUGGACGCUGGACGGGACGAUCAUCGUCGGCUACAUUUUGAACCGGACCCCGUUGGCCGACGUCGGGCUGCGGUCGGAAAUUAGUUACAACCCGAGCACCACCGCGAAAGCGAUAAAAAUCGGCGCCACCUGCGUCAAAGAGAACAUCAACGCGAUUUGCUCGAUCUCCAGCGACAUGAACUCGAACGUGAACAUUCUGGGCUCUAUAGUUACCGCCAUCAAAGGUCUCAUAAUCGGCUACCAGGGUGGUUACAGCACAGAGGCGAACAGGAUGACGACGAACGACAUUGGCAUGGCCUUCAACUAUGGGGAUACCGACUUUCACUUUCGAUGCAACUCGAUACCGCAAGAGUGUGGAAUAUCCGUUUUAUACAAAGUGAACGAGCAGUGGGAGGCUGUCGUUAACGGUAUGAUGUACAAAAACGGCGGGAACGAAGAUUACACGCUGGGCGCGGCGGCGAAAUACAUCAUUGAUGAGAAAUCGACGUUCCGGUUCAAGUUAAACACGGAUCUGCAACUGGGAUUCAGCCUGCAACAACAGCUCGCCGACCAAAUCACGGCGUCUCUGUCUUUCAACGUCGACUGCACGAACGUGCAACGAGGCGGGCACAAAGUCGGCCUCGCUAUCCAAAUUGAAGGGUGAACUGCCAGAACCCGACACACCAGCUGCUCUUUUUUAUCGUACCUUCUUCUACCUUUGACGGAACGGCGACCGCCAUUUUGGAGUACGUUUGUCUUGUAUUUGUGAUAGUCGAUAUAUUGAAACGCGUCCGUAUUGAUAUUAAACUAUUAUUCUUAUCUAACGA